CGGCCCCUGGCUUGGCCUUGUCCAUUCAGAGGCGCGGCUCUUAUCGAUUGCAUCACACCACGCUAAGUUCGUGCUAGCGAGGAAUAUCGUUUGAAGAGAAUGUCCUCGCCUUACCCGCUGCGAAGACGAUUCUUCACUACAAGCUGAGCUCAAGCGAGAACGCAUAAAGAAACCUACCGGGCCUGAGUUAGAUCUGACAAGAAACCAUGAAUACUAUCCGGUCUUUUUGGCUGGGCUGGGGCUCCUUGUGUGUCGCCGGCGGCGUGGCAUACUACUUCGCGAAGCAGAGCAUCACGGCCGAUCGCCAGUCGCGGCUCGAAGAGCAGCGCAGGAAGAAGGCCAUGAUCGAUUCGCUCGAGUACUCCCAGAACUUAGCGAACGGCGGGCCGCCGAGGACAGACACAGCAGGGUCACCGAGCCAGGAAUCCAGCAGCGACCCGGCUCCAACGAGACACGCCCCCACUACGGAGGGGCAGAGGGUGCUGGAAAAGAGCAAGUACGAGAGCAGCACUCCGUUCCGCAGUCCGAAAGGAGACCGGUUUUCUUGAGGCUGCUGCUUCUGGGAUUGUAUGAUAGUUACGGAUGUGGGAAAGAUGGCUGGGCUUUCAAGCUAGGAUACUGGAACACGGAGCACCAUGUUUGCAGACACUCUCACCUCGAGCAGUUUGGGAAAACGUUGCUUUUCUUGAUGAUCAGGUCCAUGACAGCGCAAUCUGUGCUAUCAAACAUGCAAUCGCCAAGAUAGGUAAGGUUAGACAUUUCGUGAAGCUGGGAACGGCUCAAACUACCCCAGUAACUCAGUGCAAUUCAUGAACCAAAAC